CCGAACUAGAACAGAGAAAGACAUAAAUCACAUUUCUGUAUCACCAAAAUGUAUGCCAAAGUAAAGGCCUUUCUCUGCGUUUAAACGACGUCCCCCCUUAAAAAAAAAACAGAAAAAAAAACAAUGAUGCUAAUCAAAUCUGAUUCAUCCAUAAUUCUAACCCAACAUAAAUCCUAAAAUCAGAACCUCCUCACUCCCAAUCUUCCACAAAGUAGUCUGAAAGGUAAACUGAUAAGAGAUGGUCCCCUCCUGCUCGGAUUUGAAAAGUUUAAACGGCUCAGGUUGUAGUUUGAGAAGACAAAGGGUGGCGUGGUGUGGGAGUGGGAUGCGCUCCAUGUCCGCUUGACGUGAUUAAUAGUUAUGGUGGAACAUUUCCACGCCCGCUGCUCAGUGUUGACAGAAAACAAGCGCCAAACGGCGCCGAGAGAAGGGCUGCUCUUCCGGACAAGGUUUAGGUUGUACCCGGGAAGUCUAAACGAUAUAAUGUAGUGGGCCACCAUACCGUUCAUAACUUGAGUUGUGGGUCUGUUAGACAUUGCAGUAGAAUAUACAUUUAUUUCAAAGAUAAUUAUUGUCGUUGACCCUCAUCUCAUACGUUUUCAUGUGAACAAGAAGAGUGGGCCAGUUGCCAUAUUACCACCUGAUCCUUCCCCCUCCCCAUACUGGGAUUUGAGUAUGCCCUCUGCGCAAACCUAUAAUUUCCAGCAUCACUCAACUGGCGGUAGGAAAUGCGUAAGAGCUGCAGGUUGAAUGGAGGGUCGCUGCACUGACCAGGGGGGUAAAGAACUAGCUCAUUGCGCUUACUCAUGCACCCUCUCCUCUCAGAUCAGCACUGACUGACUAACUGACACUCACACCUCCCGGCUACUAGGACGCACACCUUUACGCAGAGUUCGGACAGAAUUGUACCUAAAUAAAUCCCAUCCAUCCCACGGUCUUCACGAGACCCUGCCCUGCCUUCGGUUCACCCGAGGAGGCCAUUGGCGAAGAGGUGUCACGUGACCAAGGGGUGCCAAUGUUAUUCAACAAGGGUGUCAAGACCCUGUCAGUUUCUGAAAUAAAUAUUGGGAAACGGCGAGAUGCAGAAGGCAACCUACUACGACAGCUCCGCAAUUUACAGUGGCUACCCGUAUCAAAGCGCAAAUGGCUUCAGUUAUGAUGCCAAUCAGGUCCAAUAUCCCCGGGCCUCUCAUGUGGAAAGUGAGUACCAUCGACCAGCCUGCUCCUUGCAGUCCCCAGACGGCUUGGUCGCCCUGCAGAAGCCGGGGGAGAUGGCGGAGAACUGCGAUAGGGGUACGGCCAUCCAGGCGGCGCAGCCACCCGUCCUCACUGAAAGCAAUCAACCGCAGAUGUCGGUGUCUGUCCCACCACCACCUCCCCAGUCACAGUCCCCCGGUUCUCUCAACCAGAACACGAGCAACGGCUCCUGUCAACCCAACUCAAAGAGCUCGGUGCACAGCUCGCCGACUACCACCCGGAAGCACAUCUUCCCCUGGAUGAAAGAGUCCCGUCAGAACCAGAAGCCUAAAACCAGUAGCUCCAGCUCAGUUGAGAGUUGCCCUGGAGACAAGAGCCCCCCGGGCGGGUCAGCCGCGUCGAAGAGAGCCCGGACGGCUUAUACCAGCGCACAACUGGUGGAACUGGAGAAGGAGUUCCACUUCAACCGUUACCUCUGCAGACCCCGCAGGGUCGAGAUGGCCAACCUGCUCAACCUCACGGAGAGGCAGAUUAAGAUCUGGUUCCAGAACCGCAGGAUGAAGUACAAAAAGGAUCAGAAAGGGUGUGGCAUGAUGCCCUCUCCCGGGGGCCAGUCCCCUCGGAGCCCCCUCGGCCCAUCUCCAGGAGGAGGGGGUGGAGGAUACCUCAACUCUAUGCAUUCUCUGGUUAACAGUGUCCCCUAUGAGUCCCAGUCGCCAACGUCUUACAAUAAGCCCGCUCAUAAUGCAUACGGUAUGCCUACGUCAUAUCCCCCUCCCUUGAACAGCUCCCUAAACAACUGCCCGCCCUCUCAGAAGAGGUAUCCCGGGACUGGCGGCUCGGCCACGCCCGAGUAUGACGCGCAUCCUCUCCAAGGAAAUGGCGGCUAUGGGACGCACUUGCAGCAGGUCAGCCCUGUGUAUGUAGGCGGAGGUUACAUCGAUUCGAUGCCCAACAACAGGGCCUCCGUUUUCGGCCUGACCCAUCUCUCGCACCCGCCGUCCACAAACAUGGACUACAAUGGAGCAAUCACUAUGGGCAAUAGUCACCAUCAAAGAGUGUGUGAUCCAAACCCGACGUACACAGACCUUAAUACGCCGCACUACUCUCAGGGAAGAAUUCAGGAAGCGCCCAAACUGACACAUCUGUAGCCGGGUUGCACCCUGGAUCACUCCGCACCACCUGACGAACCACCAUCGCUUUGUUUCUUCUCUUCUUUAGUAGCUUUUUCCACCUUCUCUUUGUUCUAGGUUAUGUUUGUUCUUUUUUAUAUAGUUUAAUGUGUGAAGUAGCAUAGGAAAGUAAUCACGCUUGCUUCAAAUGUUCUCUCUAUUUGCUAUAGUGUUAUUGUUCCGCACAGACCUAUUAUCUGAGACAACAUGCGCGGGGGCACAUACGCAUAGACCUAUUUAAUCUUUAACUUGUUUCUAAAAACAAAUCAAACAGGGUAUAUGAACAAAUCUUAUGCUAUUAUUUUAAUGUGAAUGUGUUAGUUUUUUGGUAUUUAUCCGCAGUUGAAGAUUUGUUUUGUGUUAUUGUUUUUGCAUUUUGUUGCACUUGUGGAAGGAUCCUUAAAAAAGGGAGGCCUGGAAGCUCCAGCCUACGAUCUAACCAGCUUGUGUUCUGUUGGACUUUCAAAAUGUUAUUUAUUUAUAUGACGUUAUAUGGAGUUCUUUAGUAUUAUUUGACCCCCCUGUGCUCUUUGUAUGUGGAGAGAAGGCUAUUGGAACCAGGCCUAGGCUCUAGUUCUACCCCUUACCUGACAGCAGACAGACGACAGAGAGACAGACAGACACUCGGCAGCACACUGAUAUGUUGGUGUUAUUUUUUUCUUCUUAGAGCAGGUAUUUUAUUUCUCUACGAAUGCAAAUCAACCAGUCACGCUUGGAAGGACGGACAGAUAUUAGACGUUUCUUUAUUGAACAAAUAUUCCAGAUAUCACCAAGUUUCUGUUUCAGUGUCAUACAUUCCAUGCUGCUCCAGUUCGAAUAAAGAAAUAAAUGAAUUUAAA